GUAAAGACAAGACAUUCCAGAGAGAAUGAAGAACCAUGUGAAUCAGGAACGAGCUCUACAUCCCAGUAACGAAGCAAUACGACAACACCGUCAUUACCACGUAAACUGUACUUACGGCGGUCGUAAUCGAAAGUCCUAGAAAUUAUAUCCAUCACCGAAAGCGCGCAGGCGACCGACUGUGCGCAGUUCGUUCGAGUGCCACCGGGUUCUUCGUCCUUGACCGGUUCACAGUUCGCGGUUACAACCCUCUUUCCACUUGGCGUGCCGGAGCGUGCAUGCCGAGCGACGCGAUCGCGGUUCGAACGCCCGAAGUACCGCGGACGUCGGGCCGGGCGAUUUGAAUGGGAGGGUCCGGGAAAAUAUAAUGAUUCGAUAUAUUGUAACGUGGAGUUGGCGCAACGAAGAGCGUUUGGGGAGGGGCGAGAGGAGACAAGAAGGCGAAAAAAUCUACUUGGCGGACGGACGGACAGGCCGAGCGUAACUGGCAGAACUGCGUACCGCGGUGGCGGUACGCUGUACGCGAGGGAAAUGUCCACUGUUGCGACGAGUCCCGAGUCCCGAAUCCCGAGGUGCGACGCCCAACAUUCAGGAAGGGAGAGGGACGAGUCCGGGACGAGACGCAUCGUGCUCCUGCGGCAGGAUCUGGCGGGCGCGCGGACCCUGUGAGGACGGGAGGCAAGUAGUAGUACCUACGCUGGCAUGCGCGAACCGGGCGAAUUACGUCCCCAAGCGGGACAGGGCCCGAGUCCUGACCUAAGCAGGGUCAUGAGCAUGACCAGCGCAGUGGCAAAUCAGUCAGUGCACGGACGGACGGACGGCUGCCUGCUCACCCUCGCGCUGACGAGACGACCGGGCCAGCGUUGCGCGACGUUCAGUACUCAGAGGAAUUUAGUACGUACUGUACAUGAAGUCGUCGAGGGGGCGACUCUAAUGCGCACCUGCCUGUCCCUUCGCUGCUCUCGUUCCUUCCCCUUCCUCUUCCUCUUCCGCCCAUUCGCAAGCCAUGACGCGGAUUCGCAACACGCCUACUGCACUGCACAGUCCCUGCCUAGGCCAGCAGCAGCUCUACUAUAGGCUAGGCUGCUCUAGACGGGGUUUGCUAGUCUCGCCUAGGCUACUCUACGCUAGCCUAGGCUCUAGGCAGGCAAGGAAGCGAACGCGAGAAGGUCCGUAGCUUCGGAGGCGCGUGUGGGCUCCAUACCGUACUGGAGCAAGCCCCAGCCCCGGCCUGCCAAGUCACGGCCGGGCAGAUCGGGCAGACCGGGCAGACCGGGGUCGACUUGACUUAAUUCCCCGGGCUCGUCUUGCUCCCCCGUUUCCUUCGCUUGGCUUGGCUUGACUUGACUCCUGCGGCUUUGUUGCUUGUUCGCUCGUUGGUCCUUCAGCCUUCUUCUUGUUUCUUCUUCUUCUUCUUCUUCAACGUCUCCCUCGUCCUCGUCCCUGGGGCUUUCUUGUUUGGCUGCUGUUUGGUUUGGUUUGGCUUUCUGCAUCUGGAGGCGCGGGGGCUGGAGAUGGUGGCUGCUGCUGCUGCUGCUGUCUGCAUCUUCCUCGGCAUUGGCGUGCGCAUCGUGUGUUUAUAGGGGAGCGGGAUAGGGAGGCUGAGGGGCGCGGGUGCUUGCCUCGCCUGGCCGUGCCUGGCUGUUGCACGGACGACUGGCACAAGUGGAGCGAGCUUACUAAAGCCCGUGGGAUGGCGAGCUAGCCGCAAAGUGAAGUCCGACGC